UCGUUCCCACUUGACAUCCAUUACUCGCUCUGAAGGAUCAGAAAGAAGGUCAUGACCGAAACAAACGAUUUCUUGACCAAUGAGUCAAAUGAGUCAAUGGAUAACAACAAGAUCUAUUUGGACGAGUUCUACCGUUUAUACGCGCCCCGAGACGCUUAUCAUGGCUACGACGCUCCAGAGGAUAUUCGGGCUCAUUCGAGUCCUCAUUGGUACACAUUUCCCCCCAUUCAUCCGUUUUAUCAGCAUGCUUUCGGGAUCUUCUUCUUCCUCUUGUGGGUUGUGUGCAUCUCUGGCAACGGACUGGUCAUCUACAUCUUCCUAAAGUCUGUACAAAAGGCUCCCUUUGAAUUACAUAGAUUAGAGGCCUUCAUUCCCGAGUGUUCCCUAAUCAACCGUGUGUUGUUCUCCAUUAGGACUAAAACACUAAGAACUCCAUCCAACAUGUUGAUCGUGGCAUUGGCCUUGUCAGACUUCAUCAUGAUCUGGACCCAAGCUCCCCCACUCUUCGUUAGUAUGGUGAUAUCCAAAUAUUGGGCCUUUGGCCACUUCUGGUGCCGAAUGUACGCCUUUACAGCGGGAAUAUUUGGAUGCGGCUCUUUGUGGUUGAUCAUUUUCAUUGGCUACGAUCGAUAUAACGUGAUCGUUCACGGGAUUGGCGGGGUCAAGAUCACGCCCAUGAAAGCCUUGGCAAUGAUUGUAUUCGCUUUCACUUACUCCACAUGCACGAUUACUCCGACCUUUCUUGGCGUUUGGGGCAAUAUCAUUUAUGAGGGACUGUUGAACGCGUGCGCUUUCAAUUAUCUCAGCGAGGAUUGGAAGGGCAAGAGCUACAUCUUGUUCCUCGUCUUCUUUAAUCUUUGUCUGCCUCUGGGCUUCAUCAUCUUCUUUUAUUCUCAUAUUGUGAAAGCCGUGGUCAACCAUGAAAGAGCACUGAAGGAGCAAGCCAAGAAGAUGAAUGUGGAAAGUCUCAGAUCCAACGUGAAUGCGGACAAGGAGAGCACGGAAAUCCGGAUUGCCAAAGUCUCAUUGACGGCCAUUUGUCUGUGGCUGCUGGCAUUUGCACCCUACGCCAUCACAGUUCUAUUGGCCCAAUUCGGUCCUCGCCACUUGAUCACGCCCCUGGUGGCCCACGUGCCGUCCAUGUUGCUCAAGGUGGCAGCCUGUUUCAACCCCAUCAUCUACGCCAUUAGCCAUCCCAAGUACCGAGAGGCUCUGGCAACGGAGUUGCCGUGGUUGGGAAUUGGCGAAAAGUCCUCGGAGUGCAAAAAAUCCGGCACAGUCACCCAUGCUACCACGGCCUAGAGCCCGAGGAGACCGAGAACACUGAAGAGGAUGGUCAAGCUAUGCGUUUCUGCCCUUGUUUUCUUUAUGAUCAUUUACUACUGAUAAGGAAUUGGUGAAAAAUAAAGUUGUAACCUCUGUG